GCUGCCUACAACAUAGCCAUCUUGUCAGUGACUACGUGAGGGAGGUAACUGCAGACGCUGUUUGGACUCUCGUUUGUUUUAAAGCGUGAAACUGGAGGACGGUUUCUUCUCUCUAACGCCGCCAGCUUCACAGUAAGUGUCGCCACUGAAUGACCUGAGGCUCGUGAGGUGAGUGGACUCAAAGGACUGCUUUCGGGAAGAUGUCUCACAGACUUGUUCCGACGUAGGGGGAGUGUGCAGCAGCCAGUUGCUUGACUUGCUAGCUAGCUCAGUGAGUGGAGGGCUGCGGGCCCUCCUCAGCCUAAAGUAGGUCCUGCAGCUGGGCAACACACUCUGCGACAACGGCCGUCUCACAACGGGACCACCGGGACAUUAGCAGGCCGGUCAGGACCGACAGGGAGCUGAGGAGCAAUCAUCCAACAGGCGGCUGGUAUCACUGUCUAAAGACGCAUUGCCUGACAACCCGACACGAUAAGCGUUAUGAGCCCAUGAAACGCAACAGGAGACCGAGAGAGGAAGAGGGAUGGCGUAAAUUCAUCUUGAUUACAGUUAGCUAGGCUAAGUAUUACACAUGCAAGUGUGCUGUGGAAUAUGAUCUAAGCUUUAAGAAGCUGCAACCAGCUCGUCCCUUUUUGACUAAGGAUACACACAGCCAUACGGCACUUGGAAUCAGGCUGUCAAUAUGUCGAACAUGCCGGCCAAGAAGAAGAGCUGCUUUCAGAUAACCAGUGUGACUCAGGCCCAGGUUGCGGCUAUAGGUGCCGCGGACGACACGGAGAGUCUGGACGACCCGGACGAGUCCCGGACGGAAGAUGUGUCGUCAGAGAUUUACGACAUGUCACGGGCUGAGUACGAACCUGUUUGUGACAGGAGCUCAUCUGAAGAAGCCUUGAAUAAUGUCGGAGAGCCAGAGGCAAUCAGUGUUAUUGCGCCAUCACACAUACCUCAAGCCGGUCAGUUGCCUGCGCUGUCAGGCAAUGUAGCGGGGGAGUUUCGAAAGGUGGGAGUGUCGGCCUCCACUCAAGGUGGUCAGCAGCCCGCGGGGAUCGGCGCUGCAGCUGGUGGAGCCCCCAUCCCUCAGCCCGGGGCCUUGCAGCAACAGCCUGCCCCGGCAGCCAGUGUGUCGGUAAACACAUCCCAACCUGCUGCAGUGACCAGUCCAGCCCCUCCUCCUACCACCUCCACCGUGAGCUGCACUUCUCGCUUUAGGGUCAUUAAACUCGAUCAUGGUACUGGAGAACCUUUCAGAAGAGGCAGGUGGACAUGUACAGAGUUUUAUGAGAAGGACUCCGAGAGCUCUGCUGUUGGUAGGACUGCAGAUAGCAUUAGGCAUGUCAACAACAGUGCAACAACACUGGACCCUGCUGCUGACAGAGACAGUGGGCUCGGGCAUACAGGAGGAUCUGUGGUUCCCCCCGCAUCGCACUCAGGUCAGGGCUUGGGCUCGGUGGCGGAUGCUUCUCUCUCAUCCCGCAUGCAUUCAGUGGAGACGCAGCAGCAGCAACAACAACAAAUCCAACAUCAAAACUACAACGACGGGAUGCAUCCUUCAGCCCAUCCCGUCGUUUACCCUGCCCAGCAGCAUCCCAUGGGCCACCACCUGACCGGCCAGUCUUCUGGACUGCCGCAGAACCCGACAGAGUUCUAUCAGCAGCAACAGCCCCCUUCCAUGCAGCCAGGGCCUCUGACUGGCCAGCCCGUCCCAGUGUCCAGCCUCUCUGGCGGGCCACAGCCCAUGGGACAAGACUCGGUCCUACCUGCAUCCUCCGCGGGGGCUUCUGUGCCAAGUCAUGUGGGAGAUGUAACAGGAGGGGGGUCUAUAGCGAGCGGACAGCCAGGCCUCUUGCAGCAGCAGACUGGGGGAAUUGGAGGCGUUGUACUGGUCAGUGGAUCCACUCUGCAGCAGCAAGCUGUGAGUCAGUACACAGCCGCCGGACAGCCUCAACCCCACGGCCUCCACCCUGUCUCCUCCGGUGUACAAAACGUGCCUGCCAUCGCAGCGAGCUCCAGUGUGCCCACCGCUGUGCCCAGUGCCCCCAGUGCAGCCAUGCCAAAUGUGACAAGCUCAAGUAUGCCUCAAGGCCAGGUAGCCUACAGCAGGACUCAAGGAGCUCUAGGGAUGCAGGGCCUCGGAGCAACUGGAUUUGGACUUGUUGAGGGGGCUGGUGGGGUUCGAGGGAGGUUCGAGGGUCUUUUCAACACACAGUCUCCUGUUGUCUUUGGAAGGGAAGCGGCAAGGCCCCUCAAUCCUGAGAGCCUGCAGCUCGCCACCCCGACUGUCAACAGCCUGUUUGGAAUCCACAUACCUGUCGACGGGGAUGUGGACAGGGCCUCGGGAACCAAUGUUGCUGCCAUUGACAAUAAAAUUGAACAGGCAAUGGACCUGGUGAAAAGCCAUCUGAUGUACGCGGUGCGGGAAGAGGUGGAGGUGUUGAAGGAGCAGAUCAAGGAGCUGUUUGAGAGGAACUCUUUGCUGGAGAAGGAGAACGCUGUGUUGAAAUCUCUGGCCAACAGCGAGCAGCUGUCUCAGCUGCCCGCACAGCCGGCCCCCAACUCCAGCACCACCCCCCCCCAGCAAGGACUCAGCCAGCCUCAGCAGCAGCCUCCGCUUCAAGUUCAGCCUCAGCAGCCCCACCCCCAGCCGCAGCUCCACCCCAAACCCCAGCCGCUCCAGACUCCGCUCGACCCCAGCCAACCGCAGCCCAACGUUACCUCUGCUUGAAGUGCAUCCGAAAAGAAAAAAAUCUAUUACAUCUAGUUUGUGAAAUUAAAAAAGAAGAUAAAAAAAAAAAAAACAUUGUCUUCUUAGCUACCAGCUUGACCACAAAGUGCAGUGUGUGAGUGUGUGUGUGUGUGUGAGAGAGAAUGUAAGUGUGUGCGAAUGUAAGUGUGUGUAUGCAUCUGUACUGUGGGCCUUUUCCAGUGUUAAUGCAAUCAUCGAGAGACAGAGAAAGUGUGUGUAGAGAGAGGGGGGGGGGGUGAGGGUGUUUGGUUUCAUCUUGGCUGUGUUCCCGGAGCCUGCUGCGGAGCUCGUGGACAGGAUGUCUUCUCCAGACUGGCCCGUGACCUCAGCUGGGGUGUCGGACAAAGAGGGGGGGCUUCACCUCACAUAAGGGACAAACGGGAGUGAUUGUCAAAAAGAGCGAUUAUUUUUUUAAAUGACAUAUGAGUGGGUGACGGGGGUAUUUGUAGCCUUGCUGUUUCAUGUUGUACAGUAAGAAAUGGGAAAGAAAGUUUCUCGGAGCGCACCACCGCUGCCGCCAUCUUUACAUCAACCUUUGCAUCUUUCAUGUCUUUAUUUAUUACAGGGCUGCUGUUCUCACGCCUAAACAAUAUCACGAACCUGUCCAACAGCAGCCCGGUGACUCGUUUCCACUUUCUUCUUCAGUGUUUCAACAGAUCGGCCAUACUUUGAAAAUAGUGAUGCUUUACGUUUGUUGAAAACGUAAGCUUAAAACAAAUCUGACAAAUGUUUAACACUAACUCAAAUCAGCAGAUCCAGUAUGUACGGAAGAGGAUUAGGGCCACAUUUGAUAUUUGUUUGCGAUCUGACCAAAAAGUUCCAAAAUAAUGUAGUUUUGGGAAGUCAGGAUUCUGAGAUUUUUUGGGCGAAUUCUCUGAAAAAAAGUAGGAAUUCUGACUUUAGUUUCAUGAUUCUAAGAAAAAAGUCAUUUCUGAAUUCUGAGAAACAUUCGGAAUCUUGAGGAAAAGUGAGAAUUCUGGAAAAAUAAAUGUUAAUCUGAGAAAAAAAAAGAAGGUAGAAUUCUCAUGAAUCGGAUAAGUUGGAAUUCUGACUUUAAUUAUAGAGUUCUGAGGAAAAAUAGUAAUUGUUCUGAUUUUUAUUUCAAAUUCUGAGAAAAAGUCUUACAUUUUUUUCUCAGAAUUAAAAAAAUAAAUCACUUGGUCGAAUCUCAAACACAUUCACGGUGGCCAUAACCCUUUUCCGCAACUAUGAAUGUACAUUUUUGUCAAAUAUAAAGUAUUAAGAGCCUGACGGGUGUCUCUUCACCGUCAACAUCAAAUCGUAACGUGAGCGUGCAGAAAGGUAUUUGAAGAUAUCAUUCUGUUAUCUAAAAAGGAAUUAGUAUUGCCAUCACCCCCACUUUCAUGAUUUAUUUUUUCCUCCCAAUGUUUAUCUUGAGGGGGGGGGGGGGGGAAGCUGUGAAAAUCAUUCAACCUACUUUGUAACCAAAGAUGCAAAGCUGUGUAAAGAAAUUGAUUAUUUUUAAAUGCACACAUGUAUUUCUUUUUUUGUUACUUCCUCCUUCACACGAUAUGUUGUUGGUCAGCAUGUUCUGCAUGAUCUGUAAUCUUCAAACCACUUUCUUACCUCAUUUUUAUUCAGCACUCUUAUUGUAAGAUAGUCUGUGAACAGUGUAAAUGGGAGAAGGGGGGGGGGUGAUGCGGAGCAGAGAAAAAUAACCUAGUGUUACUGACACUAGUCACAGAAAAAUGAAGUGAGCCAUGUUUUGUUCAUUUAAAUGGUGUUUGAGAUUCAUAUGCCAAUAGUUUUGUUACAUUGCAAAUUUUAAUGUAUUUAAAUAAAAGCAAUAUUCAGAUUCCAUAA